CACAAAAAUGAGCCAGCGGUACAAGGUGUACGUGACACGCCGGAUCCCCGACCCAGGGACGAGGCUGUUGGACUCCAGCUUUGACGUUACUUUCUGGGACAGUGAUGACGUGAUUCCACGAGAAGAGCUUUUGAAGAACGUUAAAGGAGUGGACGCAAUAUUGUGCAUGCUAACGGAUAAAAUUAACGAUGAAGUUUUGGAACAUGCAGGUCCCAAAUUGCAAGUGGUGUCCACGAUGUCUGUUGGGUAUGAGCACAUUGACCUGAAAGCUUGCCGGGAGAAGGGUGUAGCAGUGACCAAUACCCCUAACGUGUCCUCCGACAGCGUGGCGGAACUGACGGUGGCGCUGGUCCUCCUCACUGCCAGACGACUUCUAGAAGGUGCUUAUGCAGUGAAGAAUGGUCAAUGGGGGAAGUGGAAGCCCAUGUGGUUAUGUGGGGUGGAGAUGAAGAAGAGGACCCUGGGUAUAAUGGGUCUGGGACGUAUAGGUUACGGGGUGGCCAAAAGAUUGAAACCGUUCGGUGUGGGAAGAAUUGUUUACCACGAUGUACAGAAACUGAGCUACGACUCUGACUUCGGAGGAGAGUAUGUGGAAUUUGAAGAUUUAGCCAAAGAAUCCGACAUUUUGUGUAUUUGUUGCAAUCUUAAUCCUCAAACGAAACACUUAUUUAACAAAGAUACGUUCCAAAAAAUGAAAAAUUCUGCUAUUCUCAUCAAUACAGGGAGAGGGGGUGUUAUUAACCACCCCGAUCUCUUUGAUGCUCUCACUUCCAAUCAAAUCGCUGCUGCGGGACUUGACGUCACUGAUCCAGAACCUCUUCCGGCUGAUCACCCGUUACUCACGUUGAAUAACUGUGUCAUUCUUCCGCACAUGGGAAGUAAUACGUGGGAGUCCAGAAAUCGCAUGGCAGAAAUAGCGGCAGAAAAUAUCAUAACUGUACUAAACAACGGCCACCCUAAAGGGGAGGUGCUUCAAAGAUGGAAUUAACUUAUUUGGUUAAGCGAAUAUGUCAAACUAUUUUAGAUACAUAUAGCUUUAUUUUAAAAUUUAUUUGAAAACAUAUACAUGUAGCUGAUUUCUUGCACACCGUAUCAUAUAUAUAUAUAUUUAUCAUAUUAAAGGAAUGCGCAUUUAUUUAUAAUUUUACAUUUUUCUCUAUAUAGAGGGAGUUUCAGGAAAAUGAACUGUAAAAUAAACUUUUUACUUGUUUUAUACGUUUCACUCAAGAUAAACGGGUGUUUGAUGAGUGCGAUUUUAUAAUGUACUCUUUAUGUUCUUAAAACGUUUUGACUUUUCUUCAUUUUAUACAACCAUUCUGAUUCCUUGUGAUAGAUUGCAAUUUAGACUUUGAAUAACAGACAACUGCUUCUUCAAUAAAAAGACAACUCGGAAA